AUGGUUAACUCAAUCAAGGAACCUUUUCUUGGGCUGCCUUCAAUGAUUUUAAAUUAUAUGCCAUUGUUAGCAUAUACCUUAAUGGUGGAGAUUGCAUGUCUACUUCUGUAUGCCAUAGUCAAUAUCUGGCAUAUAUGCUAUAAAGAUGAUAUAUUUGUCAUUGUUGAUGAUCACCCAAAGAAGGAAAGGGAAGGCAGAAAUGAUAAUAGCCAUGAAGCACACAAAUUAAGAUUCCUGGAAAGGAAAUACGAUGAAGUACAUCAGCUGUACAAGAAGCAUGAAAAAGUCAUUAAAUACAUUAUAUAUGGAGUGCUGUUUGUAGGUUACCUCUCCAUGGUGAUUGCAGCAUGCAUAAUCAAUUUCCAUAGGGCUCUGGCUCUAUUUGUAAUCACUGUUCUGGCAAUUUUCUUUUUACUAUGGGAUGCCUUUAUGAAAAAAUAUGAAGGAAAAAAUGUGAAGAUAUGUGCUCCUUUCAAAAGACAGUUAAAACAACAGUGGUUCUGGAUGAAAUGGGUACUGUGUGUAAUCUUUAUUGCAGCAAUUGUACUUUGGCUGAGCUUUGAUACUGCCAAGCAAGGAAGCAACCAACUUAUUUCAUUUGGAGGCCUUGUGAUGUAUAUUCUACUUAUGUUCCUUUUGUCAAAGCACCCAACAAAAGUUUCCUGGAGAGCAGUUUUCUGGGGUAUUGGAUUGCAGUUUAUCUUUGGAAUCAUUAUUUUAAGAACCAAGGCUGGAUUUGAAGCAUUUGAGUGGCUGGGCAAACAAGUACAGAUUUUUCUGCAGUAUACAGAUGCAGGAUCUAAGUUUGUAUUUGGUGACCGCUAUGAAGACCACUUCUUUGCUUUCAAGGUUUUGCCAAUAGUGAUUUUCUUCAGCACAGUAAUCUCUAUGCUGUAUUAUAUUGGAUUUAUGCAGUGGCUGAUUCUAAAGGUUGGAUGGUGUAUGCAAAUUACCAUGGGGACCUCUCCAACUGAGUCAAUGGUGGCUGCAGGCAACAUAUUUAUAGGACAGACUGAGUCACCAUUGCUUAUUCGACCAUAUUUACCAGAGCUUACAAAAUCUGAACUCCAUGCUGUCAUGACUGGAGGGUUUGCAACAAUAGCAGGAAGUGUUCUAGGAGCUUAUAUUUCCUUUGGGGUUUCAGCCUCUCAUCUCCUAACAGCAUCUGUGAUGUCAGCUCCUGCCUCUCUUGCUAUUGCCAAAUUAUUUUGGCCUGAAACAAAGACCACCACAGUAACCGCAGACCGACUCAAAAUGGAAAAAGGGGAAGGAAGAAAUCUGAUAGAAGCAGCUUAUCUUGGGGCAUCUGCAUCCAUCCCACUGGUCGCAAACAUAGCUGCUAAUCUGAUAGCCUUCCUAGCACUCCUUGCAUUCAUCAAUGCUGCGUUAUCCUGGUUAGGGAAUAUGUUCGACUAUCCACAGCUGAGUUUUGAGGUGAUUUGCUCCUAUGUCUUCAUGCCAUUUUCAUUUAUGAUGGGAGUAGACUGGGAAGACAGCUUUUUAGUUGGCAGACUUCUUGGAUACAAAACAUUCUUUAAUGAAUUUGUGGCUUAUGAGCAGUUGUCUCUUAUGAUCCAAAAGAGGAAUACAGGAGAACCAUUAUAUAUUCAUGGUCUGAAACAAUAUCUGUCUAUCAGAUCAGAAACUAUUGCCACCUAUGCACUCUGUGGAUUUGCAAACUUUGGUUCCCUGGGGAUCAUGAUUGGUGCACUGGCUUCCUUGGCUCCCACCCGGAAGAGUGACAUAGUGGACUGUGCCAUGAGAGCUCUGGUCGCUGGCACUGUGGCCUGUUUCAUGACAGCUUGUAUUGCAGGGUCCUGCAGGAAAUACACUGCCCAUAAAUCACUUCUGAAGCAGGAUUAUUUGGUUCUACCACUACUGCACAACUUCGGACAACCUGCAAAGAAGAAACAGACCCUUUCCCCUCAUCAAGCACUUCCUGGUCCUGCUGUACCUAUGAAUUAUGAUACGUUAUGA